CUUUCGCAGUCGUUGUCUUGUGUUUUAAACCGUAUGUGUCCAAAUCGUUAAAGCGGCUGGAACAAUUAAACCGUGUUUAACAUGUUACCAACUGUCCUGAAGACCCCGGAGCCAGGAUUCUGCUUCGAAAACACGUUGAGAAAUGCCACAUUGGAUGGCUUAGUAAAGGGGGAAAAGCAAAAGCCACUUAAAACUGGAACAACUAUUGCAGGAGUUGUGUUUAAGGAUGGAGUGGUUCUUGGUGCAGAUACUCGGGCAACAUCCAGCGAAGUGAUAGCUGACAAGAUGUGUGCCAAGAUUCACUACUUGGCUCCAAACAUUUAUUGUUGCGGAGCAGGGACUGCAGCAGACACACAGAAAAUUACAGACCUUAUCUGCUCCAAUCUCACCAUCUUUUCAAUGAACAGUGGCCGGAACCCUCGUGCUAUCAUGGCAGUCACCAUCCUACAGGAUACUCUCUUUAGAUACCAUGGCCAGAUUGGUGCUAAUCUGCUUCUAGGUGGGGUAGACUGCACUGGAGGUCACCUCUAUGAUAUUGGACCUUAUGGAGACAUGGACAAGGUUCCAUUUCUUGCUAUGGGAUCAGGAAAUCUAGCAGCUAUGGGAAUUUUAGAGGAUGGCUUCAAAACAGACAUGGAUGAGGAGUCUGCCAAACAUCUGGUUCGGGAUGCAAUUCAUGCAGGUGUAAUGAAUGACCUGGGUUCAGGUCACAACAUCGACUUGUGUGUCAUAACAAGAAAAGGAGUUGAUUACCUACGGCCAUACCAAGAGUCAGAAUACAUAGGAAAAAGAGAGGGUCGCUACAAGUACAAACCAGGAACAACUGCAGUACUCACAGAACACGUUCAGCAUUUCGAACUGGAGUUGGUCAAGGAGAGCGUUCAAACCAUGGAAACCUCUUAGGAAAAAAAUAUGCUUGAAUGUAUAUGUGCCACUCCUUGUUUCUGAAUGAUUACUGAUUCUAAAGGAAACUUAUUGAAGAGCAAUUAUCAAUUAUCUUUAUUCCAUCAAUGAAUACAUAAGGAAUAAGAAAUAAAGUGGCACUUUGAAUGUGA